GAAUGUUACAAGCCGCGUUUACUCUUAAAGAUACAAGAGCGCAGGGCGCGCAGCGUCUCGGCUUGUCUUAUUACAAUUAUUAGUUAUUUUUAUUCUAUGCACAUUAAAAAUGAUUGGAUCAUUAUUACUUCUAGUCAUUGCUUUAUUUGUGCCGACGCAUGAAGAGAGUACACCCAACUCGCCAUGUCCGAACGUUUUCAUGUAUGAGCCAACAACAAACGAGCCUGGCCGAUGGUACGGUGCUGUUAAUCUCUCAACGGACAGCACCUUACAUUCCUUGUGGCUGAACAUCGUACUAGACAGUAAAGCGGAUAUUUUGGGGAACUGGGUUGGAGAUGUCACGACCACCGACAACAUAGACUUUAAAGUUGAAAAUCCAAAAAUGAAAAUCCAUCCAGGACCCGCUCUCGCUGUGCGAUUCUUCGUCCAGUAUAAUCCUCUUAAUAAAAUCCCACGACUACAAGCAAUUAGACUGAACGGUAGGGAGAUUUGUAACGCCAAUUCACCACAGCCAGCUAUUGAUCGAGUGGAUACUAUUGGACCAACAUCAAGUAGACCUAGACUCGAGGCCGGAUCAGAAAAUUCUAGACCUCUAGAGAGACCAGUAGAUAGUAGACCAAAUGAAAGACCAAUAGACACACCGGAAGAAAAUAGACCAAUCGACAGACCUCAGAAGAGGCCUAUAGAGCGAACUCAAAAGCCAUAUCUUAGGCCCGAAGAUAAGCUAGAAACCAAACCUAUAAAUAGAAAACCGUCAGGCAUAGGCCCCGUCUAUGUACCGUCUAAUAGCCGACCGACAGAACAAAGCCACGCCAAUCCUUACGCCAUCGGUGAUGGCCAGGUACCAGUUCAGAGCGUUACAGAACGGCGCCCCAAUCACCAGCUGACCACCACAUCAUAUCGUCCCAUCACACCGAAUGAUGAUGACGAUUAUGAUAGUGUCAGAAACGAUCCCUCCGAAUACUUCACCGGUGGGGUCCUCCUGGUGACGCCUGACAAAACUGGCUCCAAGAAAAAUAAUCAAUGCGGCAAAGUAUUACGCAACAAUCCGAACCCUCUCGUCGUGAACGGCAAGCCCACUCUAGAAGGACAGUGGCCGUGGCAGAUAGCUCUCUACCAUACUCAGAUGGUCGACAGUAAAUACAUAUGCGGCGGUACACUCAUCUCCCACAGACACGUAAUCACGGCUGCCCACUGCGUCACACGCAAGGGCUCCAGUCGACCAGUUAAUAAGAACACUCUCACCAUAUAUCUCGGAAAACAUAACUUGAGGACGUCCGUUGAAGGAGUUGAAAUACGCCUUGUUUCCGAAAUAAUAGUUCACCCACAAUACAACGCUUCAUCAUUCAGUCGAGACGCUAGCAUCCUAAAGAUGCGUCAGCCUGUUGAAUACACCGAAUUCGUGCGGCCUGCCUGCCUAUGGCCUGAGGACCAGACAGACUUGAGCUACGUCAUAGGGAAAAAAGGUUCGGUUGUAGGGUGGGGUUUUGAUGACACGGGGGUUGCAACUGAAGAACUGACAUAUGUCGAGAUGCCAGUCGUCGACACUGAAACUUGCAUCCGUUCUUACAGCGAAUUCUUCGCUAAAUUUACAUCACAAUACUCAUUCUGCGCUGGAUACAGGGAUGGAUCGACCAAUGAAGGUACCGGCAUUAGAAAAAGUACAUCCGUGUGUAACGGUGACAGCGGCGGCGGUAUGGUCUUCUAUAUGGGAGACUCGUGGUACCUCAGAGGUCUGGUCUCUCUUUCUGUUGCAAGACAAAACGAGUAUAGAUGCGAUCCAACACACUUCGUAGUUUUUACUGAUUUAUCCAAAAUUUUACCUUGGAUUAAACAAAACAUCGAAUAAGUAUUUUUACAGCAGAUUAGAUUUAAAAACUUUUUAUUGAUAUACUUCGUAACGCACGCCAUGACGUAUGUGUCGGGUCUAAUUUGUGUUUUUUUAAUCUGUCUACCUUUAAUCUGUUUUCCUUUCGAUCCAUUUAUAUAAUAUGUGUCAAGUGCUUAACUAAAUUUUAUAAUUACCUACUUUUAAGGGUGAUGAAUGAAAAUAAAAUUUAAAUGGACAA